AUGGAUACUAUUUUCAUCAUUAUUAUCAUUCUUAUAUUUGGAAUUAUCAUAAAAAAAUUAUUUACUCAAACAAUUAAUCCAUAUCGGUUUUCAAAAAUCCUUAUUUGGGCUCAACAAGGAAAAUAUUUCAAUUUCCUUGGUUAUCCAAUAUUUUAUUAUGAUUCAAGUGUACGUGAUGCAUCAGCUAUGUCAAAACCAACCUUAUUAUUAUUACAUGGAUAUCCAACUUCAUCAAUCGAUUGGUUAUAUAUGCGAGAUGAAUUAGAACAACGAUUUCAUAUUAUUGCUCCAGAUUAUAUUGGUUAUGGUCUUUCAGCUAAACCAAUAUCAUUUCCAUAUACAAUAUCUUCACAAGUAAAUAUGAUUGAACAAUUGAUGAAUUCAUUAAAUUUGAAUCAAUUUCAUAUCAUGGCUCAUGAUGUUGGAGAUACAAUUGCUCAAGAAUUUUUAGCUAGACAGAUUGAUGAUAGACAAUAUAUAAUUCAAUCAAUAGUAUUUCUUAAUGGUGGUUUAUUUCCAGAAGCUCAUCGACCAUUUUUCAUGAUGAAAAUGUUAAAAACACCUAUUAUUGGAGUAAUCAUUCAAUACAUAGUUUCUCGAUCAUUAUUUAGUUUAACAAUUAAUCGUGUUUUUGGUCCAUCAACAAAACGAACUAAACAAGAAUUAGAUGAAAUAACUGAUUUAUUAUUUUACAAUGCUCCAUAUAAUCUUAUACAACAAUUACAAUGUUAUAUUAAUGAACGAAUUAUCUGUAGAGAUCGAUGGGUUAAUGCAAUAAAUAAAGUACAAAAAUUAGAGAAAAAUCCUAUUCCUAUUAGAAUGAUAAAUGGUCCAUUUGAUCCAAUUAGUGGAAAACAUAUGGUUGAUAGAUAUCGUGAAAUUAUUAUAAAUCCUGAUAUUUGUCUAUUAGAUACUAAUAUCGGUCAUUAUCCAAAUUUAGAAGAUCCAGAAAAUACAUUAAAACAUUUUUUUGAUUUUCAUAAUUCAAUUUCAACUUAA